AUGGAAGGCGGUGGAAACAAGACCGGUGCUAGACGUCGCAACUCUAAGAACCACCGCAAGGAGUACAAGGAGCCGUCAGCAUUCGCUCGUAUAAGGGAAGACGACGCACCGCGAUCCUCUCGAAGUCUCGACAGCCUCACCUGCAGGCGGUCCCAGCGCGAAAGAUCGCGACGACAUGGAAAACAUCAGCAGCGGCGGCCGUCCGUACAGUCGGAAGUGGCGGCUGGCGAGCACGACCAGGACAGGAGUAACGCCCGCGGUAGCAGGAGGGGCAAGAGCCCGAACAACAAGAACGGUGGCCGCAAGGGACGACGCCUUCGACGUUCCGCGUCCUCAACUGCAGCGGAGCGAGACAGCGACAAAAGUACUCCGGUAAAAAACCGGCAACCGGUGCGAAGGACGAGCAGUGAAGGACCGAGACCUCGUAGUAUGGUGACCGAGAGCCCGGACGGUGGCAAGUUGGGGUCCCGGUCAACCCUGGCCUCCGGUGACUGUGGUAGUGCGCAGUGGAAUAACGGUGCUUCGAACAGAACGCCCGCCGGAACUGGCGGGAGGCUGCUGAAGACGACGUCGCUCACCGAACUGUUUGCGGUCGAAGUCGGACUGGUGCCUUCGACUGGGCUCUCCCAAAAGGAAAGCCGUCGGCGCAGGAUAGUGUUCGCCGUGGUUCUCGUUGCGCUGGCUCUGCUGACGGCCAGCGUCUUGCUCGUCGCCAUCACGCUAUUUUUAUCGCCGGCUGUAGACGAAGUCUUGAGGAAAGAGAACGAGAACCUGUUCCGGCUUCCGACGUCCACGGCUGCCACCACCACGACGGGAGGCGCCGUGACGGCGACCUCGGCGUUCGCCGCCGACAACGCGACGCUGACGGCGCCGACGGUGGCCGUCGGCUGA